GGCAGCUCUGAAUUACGUUCAACAUUAGGAGGCAAAUUUAAAAUGAAUCUGAGCUAUAGCCAGCAAUUAGAUAGCUAUAGUCAACAAACUCCUCAGCAGUUGCCUCAGGUUCCGCCCGGUGGUCGACCAUUCAGAUCACGUAAACAAAGACCAUGCGAUUUAUGUAGAAGAUCUAAAACGAGAUGCUUUAUUACGGAAUCUGGUCCGCCAUGUAACGAAUGCAAGCAAACCAACAAGCCUUGUACAUUCCAAGAAGCUCCUGCGAAAAGGAAAAGGAAGCCACCACAGACUGAGCAGGAUCAAAAUAUACAGCCUGGUCCGCCUACUACUUCACAACCCGUCGCAGGUCCAGUCAGGAAUAGGAAGCGGGGUACUCAACCACAGACGCACCAACCAGCUGGUUCACUUGACGAGAUUAAUUUUACACCUUAUAUACCCUCAGAUAUGUCCUCUUUAUCCAACGUAUUCGCGUCUUUGGAUUUGAGCACGCCUGAAUCACAUGAGCCACAUUUAGUUAGUUCAGCACCGGAUGAUAUUAGUAAUUUAUUACCACCCGGUCCCUCAUUAGUUAGACAAUUGUCCUUAGACCCCAAUAGACCAGUUUUUGCGGUUUUCGAAAGAAAGCCCCAUUAUAGAUCAUCUUUGGAUCCCGGUUUGGCGUUGUUAAGUCAAGUUGAUCAGGUUUUAGCUCAGUGCGACUGUAGUAGAGACCAACUCAUUCAGAACUAUUUGUCAAUAGUUCACCCAGCAUAUCCAGUCUUGCCAGAUGGUAAUCAAACUACACCACCAUACCUUCUAGGCGCAAUUUAUUCCUCUGCAUUGAUAUUCACAACUGACCAGACGUCCAUACCAAUCAACGCUUGGGCCAUUCUUCACGUCGCUACCCAUCCUGAUUUCGAUAAACCGAAGUUAUCAACUAUAGCUGCAAACUUACUUGAUCUUAAUGGUCGACCUUCAAUGGACCCACGUGGUAAUUAUUUAGUUUUAGCAAGAACAGUUGCUCAGGCGCAGCUACUUGGUUUGCAUUUAGACCCGACCGACUGGUCAAUACCUAGUUGGGAACGCGAUUUGAGAAUAAGAUUAUGGUGGGGAUGUGUUAUACAUUCCUCUUCUAUAGCGGUUUAUGAGAAUCGUCCAACUCAUAUAUCACCAGCUGAUACUGAUGUUCCGCUGCCAUCACUCAACAGUCUUCCACAACCAUCUUCUUCUGCCAGAUCGUUCAGGGGUAUGUGCGCUCUCUGCCACCUUCUCGUCAGAACACAUGAAGCACUGGUAACUGUUAGAGCUAAGAGACAAAAAACAAGACAAGAAAAACUUCAGAUUGUGUUUGUUUUGGAACAUGAGGCUGAGAAGUUUUAUAAUGAGUCGAUACCACUUGAAAAGAGUCCAGGAACAUUGUCUUUCCAAUGGGAGAUUAUGGGCUUGAGAUUGUUUUUGAGAAAGCAGGCAUUGGAAUUCCAGUACCAUGGACAACCGCUUCCUCCGCCAGAUAACCAAUCAAUGGAGUUGGUUAAUAUGAUGGUUGAUUUCUUAUCUACGUUGACAGAAUCAGAUAUUAGAGGAUAUUGGUUGAUAUACGCUGCCAACCAUUUCACUUUGCUUCUCACAAUGUUAAUCAGGUUGUGUUUCUUCAGCAAAGAAAGCGCAAUGACUCCUUUUAUAAGCCAAAACACACAGUCUUCUCCGCUGGGAUUAUUAGCUAAAUACUCUCUAAUAUUGCAAAGUACAGCAAAAAAUUAUAAGUGGGAUCUUGUUCAUAAGGCACUCGAGAAAGCUGCAGACGUUAUGGUGAGACUGAGAAAAUAUCAUCGGGCGGAUAUUUUGUUGGCUUUAGAAGAUCUGCUUCAUUUAGUAGUCAUAGCAACAAUAAUGCUGCUGCCGCCGCUGCUGCGGUAGCUGCUGGUUCACAGGCUGCUGCUUCAUCGCAACCUGGUAGUCAAUCACAACAAACAACUCCAAAAC